AUGUCGAAAGAAGACGACCCGAAUUUGAGUUUCUACGAUAAAAAGUUCAAAGAACUUCUGCAUCCUGAUGAUUAUCAGCACCUAUUCAAACAGCUUGAUGUCCAGCAUAAUGGAGAGAUCACUCUUGAGGAUUUCAGACGCGCUUUGGUGGAUCUUGAUCAUCCCAUUAAGAACAACCCGGAACUUACCGAAAAAAUAUUCCACUCAUUUGAUGCCAAUAACGAUGAAGUUAUUGACUUUAAUGACUUCAAAUUAUACUUGACAUCGACUGACGACCAGAUUCUUCAAGGAUUUAACAAAAUUGACGAGGACCAUGAUGGGAAAUUAAACAAAACAGACUUUGUGAAAUACUUGAAAAAGUCGCUCAAUUUGAGUCCCCGAGACUACGAUGUGGAUAUGUUGUUCAAACAGAUAGAUUAUAAGAGCGAUGGCUAUAUCACUUAUGACGAGUUUAGGCAAUUUCUUCUCCUUAUGCCUCGAUUACAUGGAUCUCGAAUAAGGACUGCCUACGGCUUUCUCAUUGAGGAAUUGGAUCUUUCCAGUGAUGGAGAUGUCACUUUGAUUAACCAGUUUUUGAACGGGCUUGGAUUCUUCUUUGCUGGUGGCAUUGCUGGCGUAAUUUCCAGAACAUGUACCGCUCCAUUCGACAGAAUCAAGGUAUUUUUAAUUGCCAGAACCGACCUUUCGUCAACGGUUCUUCACUCCAAGAAGGAUAUUGCAAAGAAAAUUAGCGAUGGAGCAGCACAGCAUGUAAUAGAUGAGGCUCGAAGACGUCUCGCCGUGGCUGAAAAAGCUGCCGCCGAUGCUGUGGCCCACCCUGAUCAUCCAAAGACAAUUAGGUCCCCCAUUAUACAGGCCGCAAGAACUUUGUGGAAACAAGGUGGUUUCAGAGCAUUUUACGUUGGAAACGGAUUGAAUGUGAUUAAAGUGUUGCCGGAAUCUGCUAUAAAAUUCGGCUCUUUUGAAGCAGCCAAAAGAUUCUUUUGUCGUGUCGAAGGUGUUAGCGAUCCAACCAAACUUUCCAAGGUAUCCACCUACCUCUCUGGUGGUAUGGGAGGUGUAGUUGCUCAAUUGGCGGUAUAUCCUAUCGAUACCCUUAAAUUUAGGCUUCAAUGCUCCAAUUUGGACUCGUCUUUGAAAGGAAAUGCUCUUUUAUUUGACACAGCAAGAAGAAUUUUCCAAUCAAAUGGUAUUGCAGGCUUUUAUCGUGGUUGGUUUGUAGGAGUCAGUGGUAUAUUCCCCUACGCUGCUUUGGAUCUUGGAACUUUCACAACUAUCAAACACAUAUUAAUUAAAAGGCAGGCCAAGAAAACAGGAUUACCUGAAGACGAAGUGAAGCUUCCAAAUAUUGAAGUCUUGACCCUCGGUGCUCUCUCUGGAUCUUUUGGUGCUACGGUGGUGUACCCUAUUAACUUAUUGAGAACUCGUUUACAAGCACAAGGAACAUACGCUCAUCCGUAUACCUAUAAUGGUUUUUCGGAUGUAUUGAAACAGACAUUGGCUCGAGAAGGUGUUCCUGGGUUGUUCAAGGGAUUGGUGCCCAAUCUUGCAAAGGUUGCACCGGCGGUGUCGAUUAGUUACUUUGUCUACGAAAACCUAAAGACAAUCAUGGGGUUGACCAACACAGUGAAAUAG